CGCGCGGCGCCUUUAGUGAGCGGCUGGAGUGUAAACAAAAAAGGAUGGCAGGACUCCCGAGGCUCCGAUAUCUCCAGUUUUGUGUGCUGUAGAGGGAUCCUGCGGAAGUGAAAUUUCUUGAACAUGGACUGGUCUCAAGGGGCUCCCUGGCAUCUACAUACAGUACUAGUCAAGUCUAUAAAAGGCACAAUGGCAGAAAGAAAAUUUACCCGCGGCCUUUGCAAGCCAGGCAUGGCUGCACAGGUCCGGGAAAAUGUGUCUCAAGCCGUCAAGGCAACAGCCACACAGGUUAAACCCAGGCUUUCUGAUCCCAUUGACUUUGAAGAAUAUGUGUCCAAGAACAAAAUUAUGCUCAAUAAUGAUCCCCUGAGGGAGCUGUUGUUAUACCCUCCUGAUGAUAUAUCUCACUGUGUUGUCCCUCGAGUUACAAGAACCCUGCAGUCCUUAGCUUCUGUGCACCUCCAGGAAGAGGUGACAAAUCCUCUUGUUCGUCAGUGCCUCGCCACCUAUUCCCAGGAUCUCACCACCAUCACUCAUAAAUAUCUACCAUAUUCUGGGUCUUACCUCCACCUUCCAAGAUUGCCACGGGUUGAUGACCUAAAGGAGCAGGUAUAUGAGGUGGACACUGAUAUAGAACAAGGUGACUUGGCAAUUUUGAUGAAUGGUGAGAACAUUCUGAAGAAAGGCUACCUCUUGAAAGGACCAGAAAGUGGCAAUGAUAAAAUAUUUGGAAAUUUUUCUUCCAAAACUUUUAAAAGAAGAUUUGCAUGUCUGAGGCAAGAAGUUGACGGCACAUAUUUGCUGGAAUUUCACAAGGAUGAGAGGAAACAUGAUCCAAAAGGAGCGAUAGUGAUGGACUUCUGUUCUCAGAUUACAAGGAACCCAAAGAGGGGAAAGUGUUGCUUCGAGUUACAGCUGUCUGAGUGUGCAAAAUCCGUCAUGUUGUCUGCUGAGAGUGAGGCUGAUCUGGAAGACUGGAUUGACAAACUUACUCGAGUCAUUCAUGCCGACAAACCUCAAGAUGAUUCCCGAAGCGAAAGGGGUUUAACGCCCCCUUCAAGUAAUUAUGGAACUCUGAGAGGCCUGGAGCACAGCCUCAACCCACAGCUCAUCAAGUAUGCUCAUGAGACAGACUUCUCCAUAGCUCAGGCACGGAGGGAAGAUCGUCAUCAGCUGUUUACUUGCUAUCCAAAUCUUCCUCGCUCUGAAAGUGAGAAUGGCAGUGUAGAGCUGAGAGAUGAAAGUCUAAUAUGGCCCUAUGAAGACAAGUUUGGAACACGGUUUCGUGUUCUUUUUGAAAACAUUAAGUUCAGACUCCAAGCACCGUUAGACUCAGGUGAUGGGCCAUUGUCUCAGCUGGAACCAUAUGUAACCCAUGCUGCCCUGUAUGAUGUCAGUCGUGGCUGCAAAGUUUCUGAGGAUUUUCACUUUGACUUGAAUAACCCAAUGGCACGCAGUCUGUUGUCAAGGGCCAAGAAAAAAUCUGAUGACCCCAAAGAGAAUGUUGGAACCUCCCUUCCACUUUCUCUCUCAGGAAUCCCAGAGGAAUGGAUUGCACACCCAAAACAGGCAGUGAUGAGUGUAACAAGACCUCACAGUGAUGUUUUCCUUGUGAUAUGGAUUGAAAAAGUUCUACAGGGGUCAAUUAGUCAGACUGUAGAGCCCUACCUAAAAACUAUGGACUUGAAGAGUGUCCAGAAGCUACAGAGGACAAUAAAAACCUGUUGUCUCAGGCUUGGUGCCUUCAGAAUGCCUUUUGGCUGGUGUGCUCGGCCCCUCUUCAAAAACUCUGGGAACUUGGACACAGAAUCAGAUUUUUCACCAGUUUACCGUGCAGAUGAAAAGAAAUUGAGUGAAUCAGAGUUCAUCAGGCUGUUGUCAGAUUUUCGGAAGCCAGAAAAAAUGAAUAAGCUGACAACAAUACCAGGAAGUGUCAGCAUUCAGAUAGUGCCAAUGGAAGUUACGUUACCAAAUUCCCUAACACCAGCCCUAGAGCCAGUCAAACCAUUUCCUAACCCUCCAACCCAUGAACCUACAGUUGAAGUUCAAGAGUUUUCCUGGAACCACAUAGAUGAUAUUCAACCCUAUGUGAGCUACUGCAAUCACCUCUAUGUUUAUCCUCUCUACCUUAAUUAUGAAAAUCAGAAGAGUUUCAGUAGAGCUAGAAAUUUGGUAUGCACUAUUGAACUUCGAAGCUCAGAUGGUGAAGGGGCAACCCCUCUCCGGGCCAUCUAUGGGCGACCUGGCACUGGAGCACUGACUACGCAAAUGUCAACCGUUGUGCUGCAUCACAACACUGUUCCUGAAUGGGGAGAUGAAGUGAAGAUCCUCCUGCCUCAUAAUCUCUCGUCAUCACAUCACUUGUUGUUUACAUUUUCACAUGUUGCAAUAGAGGCAGCUAAGGCAGGAAAGAAGGAUGUACCAGUGGAAACAGUUGUGGGUUACUCCUGGCUACCACUAACUCACAAAGGAAGGUUGAUCACGGAGGAACAAAUGCUUCCUGUGGCAGCUCACCUUCCAGCCAAAUACCUCUCCAUUGAGCCACUUGGACUUGGAAAAGGGUUUGCUGGGCCAGAAGUACGCUGGGUUGAUAAUCAAAAGAAUGUCUUCCGUGCGUCCAUGCGAUUGGUCUCAACAGUGUUGAGCUCAGACCAACAUUUACACAACUUCUUCCAGUCAAGUUCCUCACUUCUACCCUUGUUUGGCCCCUCCAGUGGAGCCCCUGGAGCCUCCAGCCCAAGGUCUGCUCAACCUAUUGACAUAGACACACUUAAGAACUUGAAGGCUCUUCAUGCCCUGGAGGCUAGCACUAUUAUAGCCUUCUUUCCAACACUCCUCAAUCAACUUUUUGGUGUUCUUCUUAAUGUUGGUCCGGAUGUUGCCACCAAUGUUACCCGCGUCAUGGUUCACAUCAUUGACCAAGUUUAUGAAGCAGGACGUGAUGACAUUCUGAACUCCUAUAUUAAGUAUGUCAUGAGUAUUUCAUGUCAUGGACGCAAAACAGUUCAUGAGGAGCUGUGCCACUCCCUCUCAGAGCUGCUCCAGCCCUCCAGCAUGGACCAAGUCAUCACCAACAAAAUUCUUCGCCAUAGUCAGUUCUUCUUUGCAUUUAUUGCUCGCUCAAUGGCCCUUCAUUUGCUGACAACGGCACGGAUAAAGAUGGUCCGAAAUGAGAGAUUUAAUGAGGAAUAUCAGAGUGAAGUGCGGUCAGUUGUGGAGCUGGUCUCUACCCACAUUGUCCAGCGGUACAAAGAGAAUCCAGUUGAAGCACGAGCAGCCAACACUGCCCUUGCACAUUUUCUGAAGCGGUGCCUCAGCAUGAUGGACAGAGGGUAUGUGUUUGGGCUCAUUAAACUCUAUCUAGAACAUUUCAGUCCGGGUGACCCUAUUAUCCUCCAUGUGUACAAGUUCACCCUGCUGCGUGUUGUGUGCUCACAUGAACACUUUGUGCCGCUCAACCUUCCCAUCUUCAAUACUCCUCUCAGCCCAGAUGCUAAGAAAGCAAAGCUGAGACAUGGUACAGAUGAAUUCUUCCUUAGCACUGAUUUCAACUCAAGACAUUUUCUUGUGGGUGCCUUGUUGAGUGAAUUACGUGUUUCACUUGGAGAAAUAGCAGAAGUACAGCGGGUGGCGAUUGGUGUUCUGAGGGACCUGUUGGCCAAGCAUGCCUUUGAUGACAGAUAUUUACAAUCUGGACAGCAAGGAAGGAUCGCCUGUUUAUAUUUUCCAAUUGUAUCAAUUCUUUUGGAGAAUGUUAAACGUCUCAGCUGGCCUCCUGCCCCAUCCUCCAUCAGCUCCAGCCAGCGCAGGCUAGACCCCAGGGCAAGUUCCAGGGCUCGUAGCGGGAGGUCAGGAGCAGGAAGCAUUGACAUGAGCACCUACAACACGCCUUCCCGGAAAGGUUCCAGCCGAGCAGAUGCAUCCAGCCUGUCUGGCAGAGGCGACUCUUCCUACCUGGCAAUCAUUGCUGGGCCAGGCGGUCUGAUGUCUCCUCAUAGUGCACUAGUCAAUGGAAGAUCAAGUUCUAGUCUUGAGUCUGAAGACCAGCUGACAUCUGUGGCAAACUCAGAUGUACUGGAAGAAGAUUUGGAGGAAGAUGAGGAUGGAAAAACUCAUUCAAGAAACCUGAGUGUGGCAUUUGCUGGAGAGAGUGGGCCAGUGAGGUACGACAAGCUCUGUCCUGCGGAAGUGCGUGACCUCCUCCUCUGCUUCCUGCACAUACUCAAGCAUGUCCCUGAGGCACACCUUGUGUCUUGGUGGGUCACCCUCAGUAAUGAGGCUCUGACCCACUUCUUCACACUUCUACAGCUUUGUUUGCACCAUUUCAAAUACAAUGGGAAAAGACAAAUAGUACGAGAGCAGGCACCCAAAAAAGCAUCUACUUUACCAGCAAAACUUCAGCCCCCAUAUUCUGGCAGCAGGAUGUCAACAGCCACUGAUAGCUAUAGUGUGAGCAGCCAUGAAGGGGAAGGAUGGCUGAAAGCUCUUCAAGAAGCUAAUCUAGCUUCAGAAGUUGGUCUCAUAGUGCUUGAUGCUCUGGGUAAUUUUACAACUCAUUGCCGGGACAUCCUUGUCUCGGACGGAGCAGAAGUUAUUAUGCAGCAAGUUUUUGCUCUUCAUUUACUCUUCCUUCAACUUGGACAGUCAGAAAAUGUGAUGAAACAUGUAUUUGCCUCAAUCAGAGCAUUUAUCAAUAAUUUUCCUCGAACACUGUUCCAGGGGGAUGCUUCACUGUGUGGGUCUCUCUGCUUCGAGAUGUUAAAAUGCUGCAACAGUAAGCUGACCAAUUUGCGCCAUGAAGCCUGUGCUGUGCUCUACCUUCUCAUGAGAAGCAACUAUGAGUUCACUAGACGAACAGGCAUCAACAGAGUUCAUUUACAGGUUAUAAUAUCUGUGUCCCAGCUCCUUGGGGAAAUCAUUGGCUUGAACAACUCCAGAUUCCAAGAGUCCAUGGCCUUGAUAAACAGUUAUGCUACAAGUGACAAGGCAAUGAAUAAUACUGGAUUUGUCAGUGAAGUACGGGAUUUGACCAAAAGAAUUCGAACCGUUUUGGUGGCCACAGCACAGAUGAGAGAGCAUGAGCGUGACCCUGAAAUGCUGUGUGACUUGCAGCACUCUCUGGCCGCCUCAUAUGCUGCCACACCUGAGUUACGCACUACCUGGCUUCAGGCCAUGUCAAAGCAUCAUGUCAAGAAUGGAGAUCUCUCUGAGGCUGCAUUUUGUCAGCUUCACAUUGCUGCUCUUAUGGCACAAUAUUUAAGGCAUCAAGGAGAGUUUCCAGAUGGCUGCCAGAUCUUUUCUAUCAUAUCUGACAACAUACCUCGAGAUGAAUCAAACUUACGUCUUGAUGCAGAUGAUGCAUGCACCUUGAAGCCUCCACGCUUUCACACGGGAUUGGUGGACACAGUGUUCACUAUGGAUUCACUGAUAAACCAGCUGGAACUGGCUGGUGGAAUGGUGGAACGAGCAGAGCGGUAUGAGCUCCUCGGCAAUCUGUACAGAAUCCUCAUUCCUAUUUAUGAGGCUCGUCGUAACUACCCAGCGCUGGUUCAAUGCUACUCACAUUUAUACCAGGCGUAUUCCUGUGUUGUGGAAGUCAACACUUCACAGAAACGGUUGCUAGGCCGGUACUACAGAGUUGCAUUCUUUGGGCCAACAUACUUUGAAGAUGAAGCUGGUAAAGAAUAUGUGUAUAAAGAGCCCAAAGUGACCUCAUUGGCUGAAAUAUCAGAACGUCUUUACCACCAGUACUGUGAUAAAUUUGGCAAGGAGGUUGUGAAGAUGAUUAUGGAUUCAAAUUCAGUUGAAGCAGAUGAGCUUGAGUCCAGGUAUGCAUACAUCCAAGUGACUCAUGUGUCUCCUUAUUUUACUGAAGAAGAAAGAGUCAAUAGACAAACUGAGUUUGAUCGCAACAGUAACAUCAAUACUUUUAUGUUUGAAACUCCCUUCACCCAAGGAGGCAAGGCUCAUGGCAAGCUAGAAGAGCAGUGGAAAAGAAGAGUCAUCAUCAAAACUGAUUAUACUUUUCCCUAUGUCAAGAAGAGAAUCCAUGUCAUUGAUACAGAGGUUUUAGAAAUGUCUCCAAUUGAAGUUGCAAUUGAUGAAAUGGAAAGUAGAGUGAAGGAGCUCAGGGAAAUAAUCAACAAGACACCAACUGAUGUCAAGAAACUGCAACUGAAGCUCCAGGGAAGCAUCAGUGUACAAGUAAAUGCUGGACCCCUGGCUUAUGCCUCUACCUUCCUUGAUGAGUCUCAUUGUGCUUCAUAUCCUGUUAAUCAAGUUUUACGGCUGAAGGAUGUCUACAGGGAGUUUGUGUGCAUAUCCAAGGAAGCACUAGAUCUGAAUAGUCUUGUUAUAAGCAGUGAUCAGUAUGAAUAUCAAAUGGCUUUGGAGAGUAAUUUCUCUGAGUUACUACAGUCUCUGUCUUCCAUCUUGAAUGAGCCCCUUUUAGCAGCCCAGGUGGCUGUUGACAGUGUACUGAAAAGGUCCUCUCAGCAUUACUUGAGUAUGAUAAGUUCCCCUGGUGGUGCCAGUAGUGCAUAAGUUUCAAUUCUGCAACUAUUUUGUAGAGCAACUAAUACUUAUAUGAAUGUGUUCAGGAUAGUGUAUUUGGUUCAUUGGAAAUGCUCAGCUUUUUUUCUUUAGGAUCCGUCACUGGCCCAUCUUGCCUGGCAGGGACAAAGGUUAAUUGAUGAUGGUUGAUUGUCAUUAAACUUGGCUGAGAUGAACCAGGAUCACAAGAGACAAAAGAAUGUACAUAUGUUUUUAACCAUUUCAAUGUUCAGUAUUUUUAGUGGCUGCUUUACUAACUGAAAGGUACAAAUAUAUUUUGUGCCAUUGUAAUUUUAAGAAUAUAUGAAUAUGAAGUGAUAUUAUUAUUAUUAUUAUUAUUAUUUUUAUUAUUAUCAUCAUCAUUGUUAUUAUUAUUCUUAUCAUUAUUAUUAUUAUUAUUAUUAUUAUUAUUAUUAUUAUUAUUAUUAUUAUUAUUAUUAUUAUUAUUAUUAUUAUUACUAUUAUUAUUUUUAUCAUGAUUACAUAUGAUUAUAAUAAUUAUAUUUUUGUAUACAUUUGUUGUCAACUUUACCUCUGGUUUGAUCAAUUGGCAAUUUGAGAUCAUUGCUUUGCCUUACCUGGAAAGCAGGGUGGUAUGAUGUAUACUAUCAUAAUUGUUUUCAUUGCCUUCGUAAUCACCAUCAUUACAGUAAUAGUUAUUAUGGUUAUAUUUUUUAUGACCAUUGGAGCUUAGUGUCUUAUUGUCUGAUUUGCAAUUGUAGUAAAAGUAUGUAAAAUUUCUUCAUUUUAGGUUUUUAUGACUUUAUGGUGUAGUAAUGAAACUGGACCUUUAAAAUUUUUAGUUAUUGAAAUUCUUAAGAUCUACGUGACACAUCAGCUUUAACAUUACCUUAUGCUUUUAAGAAAAUGCACAAUGUGAGAAUUUAUUGAUUUUAUAUUUGUAAUUACUUAGUAUUUAGUUUUAUAAUAGUAAAGCUAGGCAGUCUUUGAUAGGAAAUCACACAUUUCAUGUGUGCAUUAAUUUCAAAUACAACAAGGAAUGUCCAGCAAUGAUCUGUAUACAGUUUUAUUAACUUUUAAAGAAGGAAGUAACUACAGUUGACCCUCGAUUUUAUAGACAAAUAAAAUAGGAAAGUUAAUUUGAAAAUGCCAGGAACCUGCAUUUCACUAAAGAAGUGUUUACAUUAGAAGAAAAUACACCAACUAAUGUCUUGUAAGUAUUGGCCAAAUUUUUCUCAUGAUGAGUGCCACCACUGUGCCUGUCUCUGUUGGCCAAUACUAUGUUUGUUACAUGGAACAUAGUGGCCUGGCGUGUCUCUUUAUGCACUUUGUUAUUGUGAGUAGUAACCAAGUUUGUCCCUGAACACUUCUGCCAUGUCAGCCUGAGCUUGCUGGCACCACAUCUGGCGACAUGGAGCAGCCAGUCAUUUGUGUAUCUCUUGGUGCUCUUGUUAUCAUGAUUGUUCUGAGACAAGAGUGUUGCCUAUCCAGCACCAUACCCAUCUUAUUUCUGUUUUGAAGCCAUUGCUAAUCACAAAAAAAAAAAAAAAAAAAAAAAAAAAACUAUUGGAAGUAUACUAACAAUGAAUAAAAGGUAAUGUACAGCACACUUUCCCAUCUUUCACAACUAAUUGCAACAACAAUACAGUCCUGCUGUGUGCACUACUGGCAAAUAUUCUGUGAAUCUCACUCUGCAUCCAGAACAUGAUGAUGGUGCACAGAGUAAAAUUUCUAUUAUCCAGAUUUUUCCUGAAACCUGAAAUUCAGGAUAUAAAGGUUUGUGAAAUCGAAGGUCAACUGUAUCAUGUUCACCUUUUAUAUGAAAAUGAACAAGAAGUUGCACAUCAUGUAUUUAAUUGAUUUACUGAUUUUAAGGGAAAUAGAGGAUAUUUUACAGGAAGAUGUGUGUUGUGGGCUGGCAGUCUCAUAAGUUCUAUAGAUAACUAAUUUUUGUAUACUUGAUACCACCAUAUGUAGGUGGGCAAUCAAACUAAGUUUUAUUGAGAUAAGAGAACAUUCUUCCAAAAGAGGAAUAGAAUGCAGAAAAUAACCAGUUGGCUGUGGCUGUCCUAUUGUAAUGUAUAAAUGAUACACUGCAUGCUGCUAAUAUGUAUCCUUGAAAAAGCUUUCUGUAUGACAGAAGAGGUCAAGAAAUUACCCUUUAGGUCUUUUUAUUAUGCAGAACCAUGACUGCACUGUACCACCACUUUGGAUAUACUGUUUUGGCUAUAUUGAAGCCAGCACAAGCAUUGCUGAAAUGUUGAUAAAUGCUCCAGCGCAUAUUUAUGCAACAAAUUCCUUGCAUUUUAAGGAUGAUAAGGAAAUGCUGAAAGGUGGUAUGUGUAGAGCCUUGUUUGCAUGUAAGUUAAAAACCUGUGCACCGUCACCACAUACUAUUUCCAAUAAAUGUCAGGAAACUAAUUCCUAUAAUGUUGAAUGGUGCUUCUAUAUUUAGGAUUAUUCAAAGUUGGCUUACUGACUUCUGCAAUUUCAGUGUUCAAAGAUGAGUUGAUAUGUGUUUGAUGGUGAGUGUGCAUUGGAAAUGAGUGUUUCUUCCAUAGCAUAUUUCAAAUAACCAGUAAUUUACAAUCCACCCAACAUGUUACAGUCAGCAUAAGGAAAACAAGGAAAAGACUGAAUCAAAAGCAAUUGUAUUUGUGGACACUGGCAGACUUUCUAUAAAAAAAAUGAAAAAAUUUAUUCUGUUUAAGGCUGACAUGCUCUUGACUUGGUAAUUGGCUAACUGCACGAUUGUUAGAGAAAUUGCUGACAUUGCUAACUAUUUUGUGUGAUACUUUUACGCUAGUAAAUGUAGUUUCUAGUGGCCUUAUACUGAGCUAAGCGCAUGACACAAAUGAUAUUCACGUUGUUGUAAGGGACACGAAGUGGGUAUAUGAACAUGGCCAUGAAAUAAAAUAGUUAAAUUUAUGAACAUUCAUAAAUGACAAUAUAUAGAUUUUUCUAUAAUGAAAUAAUUGAAGAUACUCAAAUACAGUGAUAGAUAUGAAUAGGAAUACUUAUAGUUGACUAGAUACUUUAUGAUGUAGCUACUCUAUACUUAUUUUUAGUAUUUCUAUAUAUUUUGAUAGCAGAAAAAAAUAUUUAUUAAAUUAUAUGUAGUAACAUUCAGAUUUUUGUACAGUACAGAUAUUUAGCCUUUUGCCUCAAAUUUUUAUAUAAUUUUUCCCAUUUUGCUUUCUCAUACAGCUACUGCUUAAAGAAGUAGCUUGACCAAUUUACUGUAUUUUAAGUUCAUCCUGUCAAUAUAUAAUUUUUGUGUACUGUACUUCUACUUGUCUUUUGUUAAUUUUUUUUUUUUUUUUUUUUUUUUGUGUGUGUGUGUGUGUGUAUUUACCUAGUUGUCUAGUUGUGAUAUACAUGAAAUGAGCUUCCCUCAUGGGGUCCUGUCUUCAUGUCUCAGUUGGUCAGUUGGUCAAACUAAGCUUUAUAUUAAUUAUAGAUUUUGGACUUGAGGAUCUCCUGUCCAAUCCAUUCUGCAGUUCAGUACAUUUACAUAAAAAAGUGUUUCUUAAUACUCUUCAAGAACCUUAUCUUCUGCAGUUUCUUUCCAUGUCCUGUUGAUACUCCCUCAUCCCAUACAAACAUAUCUUUUUUAUUCACUCUUUAUACUCCCAUUCUUGCCCUGAGCAUUGCAAUCAUGUCUUCUCUCUCUUCUUUCUACCAAGGAUGACAGCCCCAUUUUUUUCCAGUCUUUGUACGAUAAAUCUGUCAGACUGGAGAAUGUAGCCUCAUUCCAUGCUCCUUUUUUUUAGCGCGACAAUCACUACUGAAAUAUAUCUUUUUGCCUCUCCUCUUAAAUUCUUAUUUUAUGUUUAUCAACUCUGCUAAACCCUCUCCCAGUUCCACAUCAUCCAUAUUUAUGCCUUUCUUCACUGCUAUCGUCACUCCUCUUGUCAUUUUGUCAUUUCUGACUUCUUCACAAUAUGUUAUUAUCUUUCACCUGGGUAUUAAUAUCCCAGUUGUUUUCAGCAAACACUGCCUCCACCAUACCAACUGGUUGUUUCAAAGUUAAAGCUGUCACAACCACAAUGACAUGUUUUGUGUUUUGAAUAUUUUUCCCAGCUUGUCAUCACUAGCUUAUAACGGGACCCCACUUAUUCACUCCUCUCCCUUUCAUAACAAUAGCUUGGUCAUAUUCACAUUGCUAUUUAGCAUUGUUUCUCACAACCUAUGUGAAGGUUGUUGUGUUGAUGUUGCAGCUGCCCAGCCCUUGUGUGUGUGUGUGUGUGUGUGUGUGUGUGUGUGUGCACACAUUAAAUUGCAUGUGACACUUACUCCCAGUUUUCUUUUGAUUAUAAGGCUCUUACCUCUUUAAAAAAUAAGAGUAUUUAUGUUAUUUGGUGAUGCAUGUUAUAUAUCAACCACGUUUUUCAAAGAUAUGCAGAUGAAAUAGAGAUUUGAAUUAAUGUCUUGUUUUAUGCCCAUCAGGUGUGUGACUCACAGGUAUGCAGCAUGCCUGUCUACCAAAAGUUCAGUGGCUGAAACAAAGUUUGUAAAUUUGGACCCAUAAAAUGGCAGCAGAAUUAAACCUUCCACAGUUGGAAUACCAUCAGUGGAAUAAAAUAGUGAGGAGACCAAAAUUACAGUUUUGUGCACCAUCUUUGGUACUAAAACAGAUAUUUGGUUGAAUAAGGUCAGAUUAAUUGCAAUACCAGACCUUUUAAUUAUUGUAACUGAAAUCAUUAUCAAAUGCUGGAUGAAGACUAGCAAAACUAAGUUGAUUCCCUAAUUAGAGCAAGUUUUAAAGACCAAUGAAAUGGGAUUGUGGCAGCAUGAUUGAGAACUAUUUAAUAUGUAAUGAAUUAUUGAUAUUUAGGAUGAAAUAUAUUGAGUUUUGACAAGGUUUAUCUUAUAGUAUUACACGUAUGUUUAUUUUACUGAAGUAUUUUGCCCAUUCUUACAGGGCACCAAUACUUAAGCAUUUUGUCUCCCCAUAACCAUGGCAUUUUGAGCAUAUGUGUGUAUCGAGAUUUUUUUGAGUGGUGCGGCCACCACAUUAUGCCCAUUAUGUUUUGUUCUUUUUUAGCAUGAUUAAUUGUGCAUGCCAUAGCUGCCAUCAGCUAUGGAGGGUUGUGGGUAUGCACUAAAAAGAUGUUGGUAUGCAUGAAGUGCCCCAGCACUAUUGCAGUGUUGCCAUUUUACCUAUACACUGCAGUCCUGCUUUUACUACCCUAAUGUGAGUGUCUGUGUUCUCCAUUUUUCAAGUAUUUUCAUGGCUUUACAGUACUGUGAUUUGUUUGUGAGUGCCAAUAAAACAGGGAUGAGCACCGAGGCCACACACAUAGUAGCAUCUGCUCCCAACUUUACCCUUACCUUUAUGACAAGAAGUAAGAGUUUGGUGUGGUAAGCAGCCAAACUGUGCAGCUAAUUGCACUUAUAUUUUGUGAUAUGAUUCAGCUUUAGGCAAGUCAAAGUAGGGAAAUGGAGGUACAGUUAAUACUGUAGGAUUUUGCCAAUAAUGACUUCCAAAUUCAUAAUUUUGACAACUGCAACUAGAAUAGAUACCGUCUAUAAAAUAAAGUUUGGAUUCUUUCAAAUAUGUGUUUUUCACUGGAAGGAAGUGUUUGGCUGUCUCUUUGAUGACAUGUUUGCUGCUGUGUUGAUAAUAAGAUUCAGAUUUGUGCUCAGCACAUUCACUUGGACAUUUUUAGCCCUACUGUAUGCUAUUUUCAGGUACUUAAAGCUGCAAGUAGAGCCAAGGUGGUGGCAUAAGCUUUACACACCCAGGGAGGUGAAGCACAGCACACACUUUGCAUGAAGUGCCACAUGGCUUCUGAUGCAUAGUACAUCUCAUUCACCCAUUGACUCACUCUUCUGCAUCUUAUCUCCUACACAUGCCUUUUUUCAGCAAUGAUUGUAACUACUACCACUACAGGGUCUCAUGCAAGUUUAUUUGCCUGUAUAAGCUGCAGGAUUGUUGCUGGGAACAUCAUUAUGGUAGUGCAUCAGCUGAAAGACAGGGCUUGCAUUAGCUCAAAAGUUAUUGCAGCGUGUGUGCUGUGGUGUGAUAUUUUUGCCUCAAUAACCAAUGGCUGUAAGAGUUGGCUUCGAAGGGUUUGAUGAUGUGUUCAAGGAAGUGGGUGAGCUAGCCACUGCAAGACCUUGAAAUGUCAACAAGGUCAUCUCUUAAAAGAGGAGGAAAGAGGUUGGGUAAGGAAGGCAGAUUUGGAUCUGGAAUAUACAGGAUUCAGUCUAUUUCACUGUGUUGGAUCUUGACCUCACCCCCGUGUCUCCUUUCCUCUCCUCAUUCUGUCAUUCUCACAUCCCCAUGGCAUUGGCUCCUUUCCAUCCCUCUUGCAGGGACAGAGGGGAGUUGCCCUUUACACAAAGAAAUGGGGAAUACAAGAAAAAAUUAUCUUGUUGUAGUGUAUAGACUGAAGGAAAUAUUUUCAUUCCAAAUUUAAGUCAUAUACAAAUUCGUGUCGCAUUGAAGACCAGAAGGCAAUAUGCAGUCUCUCAGCAUGACGGGUGGUAUGAAUACUCAUACUGAAUAAGACUGAUUUGUACUGCAUGUAGCAUUGCACUGAUGAGCAUGUAGCCUACUAUUUUCCAUCAUUCCUUUGCUACAUAACUAAAGUUUGCUUAUGUGUGCUUUAAAUGCAGACAUAUGGGAGUCUGUAUUUACUGUAAAAGUAUUUUUCUUGGGGCUGGAGUUAUUUUUAUACAUAUGCACGGUUGACUGUGUCCAGGAACGAAUCUCCAUCAUACCUGUAUUAUAACUGCUUCACUAUUUGCUAUAUGUCGAGUUUUCUAGGAAAACUCCCAUAGCAGAAUUGACUUGUUAUUCCUAACCCAUUCAUUCAUUUCCUCUGCAUGUUGGCCUGUACGAGUGAGAGGAGCUUGAGAGGGAAGUUGUGAAUCUUGCUAUCUUUAUGAUGGAUUAGGAUUCUUGACAGAACAAACUCUGGCUGUGGCAUAGCAAUCUGUGCACCAUUAUGAAAUGGAUCUUUUGAAUAGAAAGAAAGGGUUUUGAAAAAUCAUUAUUUAAGUUAAAAAAAAAUCCACAGUUUAAAUGUAAUGAAUAAAAAGGUUUGCCCAUAUUUUGCAUCGCAGGGGGGAAAAGAAUUAUGAAAAUUUAUCAGAGCCCCAGUUGUCAUGGAAGCCAAGUUUGCAAUACUAGUUAGAUAUAGAAGAGGAAGUACUUGAGUGUUCCUGAGAAAGAGUGUAGUUGCUUGAAGGUUAUGUCCAGCUGAUGGACAGAGAAAUUGAGUUUUAUGGAACUGGCUUAUUUUUUCCAUUUUCCUUAGCUCAUGAAGUGGUUCCAUUCUCAGUCAAAGAUAAAGGAGUUGAUUAAAGAUACAUAGAAUACCAGGAAGAGAAGAAACAUCUCUCAACACACACACACUGUGUGAGUGGUCUCAGUCCUUCCCAAAGAUCGGUACUAUGAGCUCUGUGCUCUUCCGUAGGGGAACGGCUGGCUGUCUCGAGAGAGACGCGCAGCAGACCAAGAGGUGAAUUACACACACACACACACACACACACACACACAUACACAUAUUUUGUGUGUCAGCCUAUAGUCUCGGUAGGCUUUCUUGAGGGGCCUGGAUGGAAAUCGGCCGCAGCCCAUCAUGGCGCAGGCAAGUAUUUUAUAGUGGCGCCAUCUUUUCUUGGCUCAUCCUGCCCCCCAGAGCUCGUUCUUGA